AUGUGGAAUUGUCUUUGGCCGAAGUUCCACAGUCGCAAGGCGAAGUCAGGCAAGGACGACUCAUCCAUCCAUGAGAGCGGAAAGGACAAAGACGCUGCCUUGUUGGUUUUACCAGAUUCCAUGGGAGGUACGCGAUUUAUGCUCCCCGACAAGAUUUGGGAUCCAAUCGUCACUCCAGACACGAAAGACAACGAGCAAGUAGUUCAUUCUUACUGGACAUCUGAGAACUGUCAACAUGAUGCUCAUCUAUUACAAAUACAAGAUACAUCGUUAACUUCGGAUGGUGACACAGAAACGUGUUCGAAACAAUCAAGCGAUUCGAGCGACAGAUCCCGGAUGGUUUCAAUCAGACCGCAUGUCGCAUCUCUUCAUUCUCCAGCGUGUCAACCAGAACCUACCAUCUCUGAUCUCGAGCCAACAACUCGACCUAUCGUUACCUGCAAUGACGAGUCGGAUGACCGGGGCGAGGGUCCUCCGGUGAGGAUGGAGCAGACUGCGAAGGAUAUGUGGCCAGGUCAAGCCUGGAAUGAUCCUACCUUUGUCGAGCGAAGCAUAUUCAGCCUACAAGAAGAUGUUCAUCAUGCAGAGAAACCUCACAACCGUGAUCUCCCGCGAGAAAAGCAAUCAGAGAUCGGAUGGUCCGAACCUGACAUAAACUUCCACGAUCUUAAUGAGCGAGAGCUCAUUGCAAGCUUGUUUCUGGCUGAAGAAUGCGUUUCACAUGUAACGCACAAGAAGGAAUACUGCGAGAGCAAGAGGAAUGAUACUGCGAACAUCGAUCUUGUCGAUUUGGAUGAACACUCGAUUUAUGACGAGAUGUCAUGGCCGAUCGCAGACGGGAGGGACCUGAGUCAUGUUCAGUUGGAAGACGGUCUGACCGAAACAUGCGAGCUCCUUUCGGAUUCCGACAUCGACGAUCUUGAUGUGCAUCUCCACAAGAUGAUUGAUGAGCAUCUUUGUGACUCAUGGCGGGCCCGAGGGGAUGGAACUGCUUACCCGCUGUCAACAGCAGUAUACGUGUGA